AUGGAGUCAACUUGCUGCCAGUGCUCUGCGCCGGUAAGAGGACUAGAGUUCGUCAAAUGCAACGGUUUCUGCCAACAUUUGACUCAUAUGAAAUGUAUUGGUUGGAAGCGUGCAAACCUGGAUUUUCUCACCCAAAACGAUAAUUUGCUAUGGUUCUGCAAUGACUGCAUGAAAAUACUCGACUGCGUGAAAACUAACGGUACCGUCCCAGCCGUACAAGACGUGCUAGCGAAAAAGCUCGACGACUCGUUAAAACCUAUUUUAACCGAGCUUGGUGAAAUUAAAACAUCUAUUGUCCAAGCUCAACUUCCCAGCACAGUCGCAUCAACAGUCUGGCCCAAUAUAAAACGGCCUCGCGCUGAAUUGAAUGUAACGCCUACAAGAAAGCCAACAGCAGCUCUGCGAAUAGGGACUAAGUCAUCAGCACCCACUGCCAAGACUAUCGCAACUGUACCCAAGCCUGCUGACAAAUUCUGGAUUUAUCUUUCACGGAUUGACCCGCAAGUCUCUGAAGAGGACGUUGCCAUGUUGGUUCAGGACUACUUAGUAUGCUCAGAUACCGUCGUUGCUAAGAAGUUAGUGAAGAAGGAAACCGACCUGACAAAACUUCAGUUUGUGUCAUUCAAAAUUGGAAUCAAUCCGAACCUGAAGGACACGGCAAUGGACCCUUCUACCUGGCUAGCUGGAAUAUUCUUCAGGGAGUUCGAGGAUGUUCGUCGUUCCCAGGUUUUUCGGAUGCCGAGCACGACAAAACUGCCUCGUCUAGACCCGUUCACUCCAUCCGAUGCUCGCACACCUCAGUCUACACAACUGUCGAACACGGUAGCCCAUUAA